AAACAAAUGAUGCAGUUUAUGUCACGCGCCUUUCUUUCUUCUUCCUCUUCCCCGUCCCUCCAUUUCUCCACACGGCUGAAGAAAUUCGCUCCGACCCACAGCACUGCCAGAAGUUUCUCGGCGAAAAUGGCUGCAGAUUCUCCCGCACAGCUCACCCACACGCUAAAUCUCCCGACACAAGUCGAUCGACCAGUCUCCGUCGCCGCUGCUCCGGGCCUCUCCGAUACCCUAUUCAAGCAAGAACCUCCUCCGUUCAAUUUUCGUAUUUUUCUCCUGAUUCCAUGCUUAAAUUUACUCCUAAGUUGACUGGGAUCAUGAAUCUUCUAUGCAUCUUGUUCCCCGUAGCAUUAAUUUUUCCAAAUCUGGAAAAAUUGAUUCUUUUUAGGAUACUUGGUUAUAAUUUCCCCAAAUUAUACAUGGAUCCUCUUUUCAGGAAUGCCAUUGAAUCCUCUUUAUUCAAGAAGUGGCUGGAAAAUAUACAGACAGAAACAGGGUUGCUGGCUAAUGGAUCAAUGUCUUUGACACAAAUUCUGAUUCAGGGCGUAGACAUGUUUGGCAAGCGUGUUGGGUUUCUCAAGUUCAAAGCGGAUGUCAUCGAUAAGGAGACUGGACUAGCAGUGUGUAAACAUGAUUCCUAUUGCCUUGGAAUUAUUUUCAUAAUACUUUUCCCUCCGCUGUCUUUGUCUACUAUUUUCUGACUUCUAAACAGGCCCUGGAGAUGUGUUUUUCAAUCCUAUUUAUUAUAUCCAUAAAAUUAUUAGGUUCCCGGUAUUGUCUUUGCACGAGGACCGGCUGUUGCAGUGCUAAUCAUUUUGGAGUCUGAGGGUGUGCGAUAUGCAGUGCUAACCGAGCAGCCAUUACAAUUUAGAGCCAUUAUGUAAAAGGUCAGGGUCCCGGUUGGGAGGCUAAUUCUUGAAUUACCAGCUGGGAUGCUAGAUGAAGACAAUGGCGACUUUGGGGGAACCGCAGUUCGAGAGGUUGAAGAAGAGACUGGAAUAAAGUUGAAUGUGAGGGACAUGAUUGACCUUACAGCCCUUCUCGACCCGUCCACUGGCGGCAGAGUCUUCCCUUCUCCUGGUGGCUGUGAUGAAGAGAUUAGCCUGUUUCUGUACAGAGGAAAGAUGAGCAAAGAGGAAAUGAAAAUUUUACAUGGGAAAGAAACGGGUCUUCGAGAUCACGGCGAGCUAAUCAAGGUGCAUUUAGUUCCGUAUGAUAGAUUGUGGCGUGCCACUGCCGAUGCAAAAACUCUAAGUGCUAUUGCCCUAUAUGAGAUGGCCAAAAGGGAAGGACUGCUUCCAGCUUUUGAUAUGACAAGUUAGAAAUGUUCUUUUGCCUGUUCUGUUAUGGCACUUGGAAUGUUUUGUAUUUGAAGUGCCUUUCAACUUAUCUUUCAUGCAAAUGAUAUAUGAAGAGUGUUUAUUCAUUUUGGUCUAGUUGUUCGUGUCGGUGUGUGCGCUUCGUCUUUGUGUUGUUA